UUUGAGGUGAAUGAUUCCGCUAAUCAUGAUGGCAUACAAAGGAGUCUGGCCGUGAGGACAGGUCAGAGCGACAGAACUCCGUCCGCACCCGCCACUGACGCCACCAGUCGGCAUCGCUCGCGGAAGCCUUCAUGCCUCAGGUUCCUUGUCCGGCCUUACCAGGACCACAUGGCUGACAUAACCCCUGCCGUUUGGAUUCCGUCUUUGACCUUGUCCCUCCUGUGUUUUGCUCUUGUUGUUCUUGCUGCUCAUCUGUUUCUCCCCAGGUUUCCGCGCAAUGCGUCAUACCCGAGCAAAGGCGAUGACGUGGGAAAGCGGGCUUACGGCCCCAACGAGGGGAAAAGGUGGACACGAUUCACCGACUACGGCGAGGUCUAGACGGCGCUAAGGCACUCAGGCCGACGGGACGGGUCAGGUGAUCGUCGCUUCCGGCGCCCCGCUCGGGGUACCUGAGGCACUCCGGCUGGCCC